AUGCAGGUGUGUCUUCCUCCGUCACAGCAGCCAGCCUCUGUCACCCUGCGGGGCCCAGCCAGUUCAACUGGGGAGUGCCCCCCACCCCCCUUGGAGAGUGUCUGCUCUGCCCUCUGCCAUCCUGCCCCCAGGGUGAAGGACAGAGUGAAGACAAGGCUUCAGUCCCCAAGUUGGCGCCGGACACCCACGCCACCUGGCGUGGGGACUUUGUUCUGCCUCCUCAUGUGUCCUGGACGGAAAGGGGGUGGGCAGCAUCUGGCGGGAAACACGGUCCCUCAUGGAAGGUCUAGAAGCCAGGGCUGUGGCUCCCAGGACCCUCCAGGGCAGGUGAGCCUGGAGAACACAGGGCAUGCGGGGUCCCGGCCAGGACAGCGGCCCUCACCACCCCCAACACACACACAGGAUGCACACUUCCAGCUGUCACGGAGCUCAUCUCCAUGA